AUGCAAACAGAGGCUAUAAUUAGAGUUAUGGAUAAGCAACAAAGCUCAUCUCGAACACAGAUAUUGUCGGCUAAUACGUUGACAGCAGCUUCUGGAGAUGUUAUUACCGUAAUCCCUGGAACUCCUAAAGCUCAAGUUUCAACCGCAUCUUUGCCCGCACGGCUGUUGUCUGUUUACGACUCUGAUCUCUCGCGGCAUGCUUGUUUGCUACCACUACCAAGCGAAAAUCAUAUAGUCAGUGCUGAUGGCAUUCGACCUGACCCAGAUAAAUUAGAGGCGGUCCGGUCUUUUUCCGUACCAUCUAAACCUAAAGAUGUACGAGCUUUCUUAGGUCUUACGGGUUAUUAUAGGCGUUUUAUUAAAAAUUACGCUGAGAUUGCUGAACCUCUUUUUGAAUCUAUCAGAGAAAAACAUAAUCCUGUUUUUGUAUUCACUCCUGAUCAACAGCAGGCUUUCGAACUAUUAAAAGAACGCCUUAUUUCCGCACCAAUUGUCACAUAUCCGAAUUUUGAUCAUCCAUUUAUGCUUCAGUUGGAUGCAUGUGACUAUGGACUCGGUGCCGUUCUUGCUCAAAAUAUCGAAGGCAAUGAACAUGUCAUAGCCUAUGCCAGCAGGACCCUGCAGCCUUGUGAAAGAAAAUAUUCUGCACCUGAACGCGAAUGUUUAGCCAUCGUCUGGGGCACUCAACAUUUUAGGCCUUAUCUCGAAGGACGGUCUUUUGAAGUCUGGACCGACCAUCGGUCCUUGACUUGGUUGAAAAAUAUAAAAGAUCCAACCAGCCGUCUUGCCAGAUGGGCCAUGAAACUUGAUGCCUAUGACAUGGUCAUUAAGCAUCGACCAGGAAGAGCCAACUCAAAUACCGAUACUCUGUCACGUCCACAUCUUUUAGUUAUUCCAAAAUCUAAGCGAACAGAACUUCUUCAGUUGGCUCAUGACCGUCCAAUUUCAGGUCAUCUUGGCCGUCGAAAAACUUUGCAUCGUUUAUCAAUUCGCUUCCAUUGGGGUGGAAUGAGGCGUGAAGUUGCGCAUUAUGUAAGAUCGUGCGACCUGUGCCAACGUCUUAAGGCCGCAAACGAAAAGAAAGCAGGUUUAAUGCAAUCUCACGUAGUACAGUCGCCUUGGCACACUAUCGGAGUUGAUUUAACUGGUCCUUUACCUAAAACUCCGCGCGGGAAUGCCUACAUCCUAGUAGUAGUCGAUUAUUUCACGAAAUGGGUCGAAUUUUUCCCUCUAGACACCAUUAAAUCGAGAAAUAUCGCUCAACUACUGCAUGACGAAGUCAUUUGCCGUCAUGGCAUUCCCGUUAAAAUUGUUUCCGAUAACGGUGCACAAUUUGUUGCCGACGUUUUUCGAGAAACUUUAAAGAUCAUGGGUAUCCGGCAUCGAACGACCGCUCUUUAUCAUCCUCAAUCAAAUUUAUCUGAGCGUGUCAAUCGGACAUUAAAGCCCAUGUUGGCUAUUUUUGCCGAACAUGAUAAAGAAUCUUGGGAUAUACGGUUGCCGCAACUAGCACUGGCCAUCAGAGCGGCCAUAAAUGAAUCCACUGGUCACAGUCCAGCAUUUUUAAUGUAUGGUCGAGAACUGAAACUACCACUCGAUCUCAUGUACGGUCCCGAAACGGAUGUUCUUGAUGAGUUAAAAUCAUCUGAGGAAGUCUGA